CCAAACCCAUUUCUCUACAACUCACCUUCAUCUAGAUUUACCCACUCCCACCGAGAAACAAAAGAGAGAAAGAAAAAAUAUAUAUACAUAUAUAUAUAUAUACAACACACAACACAUGAUGCUGAUGCAAUAUACACAACAAAGUAUUAAAUCUUAGAUAUUGUGGGUCUCCCCCCUUCUAUUCAUUUUCUUAUUCAUUAAAGAAAAAAAAAAUAUGGAUACUCUCUUUAGACUAGUCAGUCUCCAACAACAACAACAAUCCGAUAGUAUCAUUACAAAUCAAUCUUCGUUAAGCAGAACCUCCACCACCACUACCGGCUCUCCACAAACUGCUUAUCACUACAACUUUCCACAAAACGACGUCGCCGAAGAAUGCUUCAACUUUUUCAUGGAUGAAGAAGACCUUUCCUCUUCUUCUUCUCACCACAACCAUCACCACACCAAUCCUAACACUUACUAUUCCCCUUUCACUACUCCCACCCAAUACCAUCCCGCCACGUCAUCGACCCCUUCCUCCACCGCCGCGGCCGCAGCCUUAGCCUCGCCGUACUCCUCCUCCGGCCACCACAAUGACCCUUCCGCUUUCUCCAUCCCUCAGACUCCUCCUUCCUUCGACUUCUCAGCCAAUGCCAAGUGGGCUGACUCCGUCCUCCUCGAAGCAGCACGUGCCUUCUCCGACAAGGACACCGCACGUGCGCAACAAAUCCUAUGGACGCUCAACGAGCUCUCUUCUCCGUACGGAGACACCGAGCAAAAACUUGCUUCUUACUUCCUCCAAGCUCUCUUCAACCGCAUGACCGGCUCAGGCGAACGAUGCUACCGAACCAUGGUAACAGCUGCAGCCACAGAGAAGACUUGCUCCUUCGAGUCAACGCGAAAAACCGUGCUUAAGUUCCAAGAAGUUAGCCCCUGGGCCACG